AUGAGAAUUACUACGCUACCACGAGCUGCUAGGCUGAGCUCUCUCAAGUCUUGUACGCUCAAUGGUACACCGAGGAGAUACUUGACUAUGCUGAGUCCUCCCAAAUUUGAGAAUGAAAAGAUGCUCAACUAUGCCAAAGGCUCCCCAGAAAGAGCCGAGUUGACACACGCCAUCCGAAAGCUCAAGGAUCAAUUCCCCUUGACCAUCCCUAUCACUAUCAAUGGCGCGAAGAUUGAGACGAAAGAGUCCCGCUCUCAGCCAAAUCCCUCGAAGCAUCGCGAGAUUGUCGCCAACUACGCCUCCGCAACCCCAGACCAAGUGAAUGCCUCCAUUGACGCCGCCCUCAAUGCAAAGCCUGCCUGGGAAGCAACGCCCUUUGAAGACCGAGCUGCUAUCUUUCUUCGAGCGUCUGAAUUGAUCACCGGAAAAUAUCGAUCUGAUAUUGUUGCUGCUACAAUGCUCGGCCAAGGCAAGAAUAUCUGGCAAGCGGAGAUUGAUGCUCCCGCCGAGACAGCAGACUUCUUCCGUCACUAUAUUCAAGAGGCCUGGGCUUUGUACUCCCAGCAGCCCCGAGUUCAUCUCGAUGGUAACUGGAAUAAGAUGGAGUAUCGCCCACUGGAAGGCUUCACAUACGCCAUUGCUCCGUUCAAUUUCACCGCACUUGGCGCGACGCUCAUUGGACCGGCCGCAUUGCUUGGGAAUGUCGUGAUCUGGAAGCCAUCAGACUCGGCCCUCCAUGCCAGCUGGCUGCUAUACCAGAUCUUGGUUGAAGCUGGUCUACCGAAGGACGUUAUCCAGUUCUUACCUGGCGAUGCCGAACAAGUCACCAACACCGUUUUGAAGAGACCCGAGUUUGGAGCUCUGACUUUCAUCGGUGCCACGUCUACCUUCAAGGGUAUCCAGAAGAAGAUUGGCGAUGGCAUCGGUGCCGGUGUAUAUAACUCUUACCCCCGAGUGGUCGGCGAGACCGGAGGAAAAAACUGGGGCGUUGUCCAUCCAUCCGCGGAUGUGCGAAGCGCUGCGCUCAACACCAUCCGAGCAGCCUUUGAAUACCAAGGCCAGAAAUGCUCUGCCAACUCGCGUGUCUAUGUCGCCGAGUCUGUCUGGCCUGAGUUCCAGAAGGUCCUGUCCGAAGAGACUGCGGCACUGAAGGUUGGCGACGUCGAAGAUUAUGCCAACUUUAUUAAUCCCGUGAUCCAUGAGCGCUCAUUUGACAAACUGAACAAGUUCAUUGAAAGUGCAAAGAACGACUCCGAACUUGAACUAAUUGUCGGUGGUAAGGCCUCCAAAGAGGAGGGCUACUAUGUACACCCUACCGUGUAUCGGACAACCAAUCCUCGCCAUGAGAUCAUGUCCGAAGAGCUCUUUGGGCCCGUGUUGGGUAUAUAUGUCUACCCAGAUGCUGAAUGGGAACAAACUCUGAAGCUAGUUGACUCGACCUCUCGCUACGCCUUGACGGGAAGUAUCUUCGCCAAGGACCCGUAUGUCAGCCGUCAGGCGCAGACUGUUCUCAAACAUGCGGCCGGUAUGCUGUACUUGAAUACCAAGUGCACUGGCUCUACCGUGGCUCAACAACCCUUCGGUGGUAGUCGCGACUCAGGCACAAAUGACAAGACCGGUACUAUGGCGCAUUUGCAGCGUUUUGUUAGUACUCGGACUAUCAAAGAGGAGUUUGUUCCACUAGAGAAGGUCACAUACCCUUCGAAUGAGGUUUAA